GCGGAACUGGGGCCAGGACAGCGGCGGCCCGGCCAGGACACGGAGCCUGCAGGCCUGAGCCAGGGUGACGCUGAAGAUGAUGACCUUCUUCCAAGGCCUCUCGGGCCAUCAGCCUGUGCAGGGUACCCUCGACUUCCCCAGAAGCCCCCAAAAGUUGCCGUCCACAUCAGAGGCAGAGUCAGAGACCUCCAUGUCAGUGGCCUCUUCUGAGGACCUGGUGCCACCCCUGGAGGCUGGGACAGCCCUAUACAGGGAGGAGGAAAAGACAGUGAAGAAGAAGAAGGAGAAGAAGAAGAAGUCCCCGAGAACGUCUUUUUGCACUUGGGCCGCACCAUGAAAGAGGACCUGGAGGCCGUGGUGGAGCGACUGAAGCCGCUGUUCCCGGCCGAGUUCGGCGUCGUGGCGGCCUACGCCGAGAGCUACCACCAGCACUUCGCGGCCCACCUGGCCGCCGUGACGCAGUUCGAGCUGUGCGAGCGCGACACCUACAUGUUGCUGGUCUGGGUGCAGAACCUCUACCCCAAUGACAUCAUCAAUAGCCCCAAGCUGGCGGGUGAGCUGCAGGGUGUGGGGCUCGGGAGCCUCCUGCCCCCCAGACAGAUCCGGCUGCUGGAGGCCACAUUCCUGUCCAACGAGGCGGCCAAUGUGAGGGAGCUGAUGGACCGAGCUCUGGAGCUAGAGGCACAGCACUGGGCUGAGGAUGUGCCUCCCCAGAGGCUGGACGGCCACUGCCACAGCGAGCUGGCCAUCGACAUCAUCCAGAUCAUCUCCCAGGCGCAGGCCAAGGCCGAGAGCAUCACGCUGGACUUGGGCUCACAGAUAAAGCAGGUGCUGCUGGUGGAGCUGCCUGCAUUCCUGAGGAGCUACCAGCGUGCCUUUAGUGAAUUUCUGGAGAGAGGCAAGCAGCUGAGGAAUUACAGGGCCAAUGUCAUUGCCAAUAUCAACAACUGCCUGUCCUUCCGGAUGUCCAUGGAGCAGAAGUGGCAGGUACCCCAAGACACCCUGAGCCUCCUGCUGGGCCCCCUGGGUGAGCUCAAGAGCCACGGCUUUGACACCCUGCUCCAGAACCUGCGUGAGGACCUGAAGCCGCUAUUCAAGAGGUUCACGCACACCCGCUGGGCGGCCCCCAUGGAGACUCUGGAAAAAAUCAUCACCACCGUGGACGUCAGGCUGCCUGAGUUCUCAGAACUGCAGGACUGUUUCCGGGAGGAGCUCAUGGAGGCCGUGCACCUGCACCUGGUGAAGGAGUACAUCAUCCAGCUCAGCAAGCGGCGCCUCGUCCUCAAGACCGCUGAGCAGCAGCAGCAGCUGGCUGGGCACAUCCUGGCCAAUGCUGACACCAUCCAGCACUUCUGCACCCAGCACGGCUCCCCGGCGACCUGGCUGCAGCCUGCUCUCCCCACGCUGGCAGAGAUCAUUCGCCUGCAGGACCCCAGUGCCAUCAAGAUUGAGGUGGCCACUUAUGCCACCUGCUACCCUGACUUCAGCAAAGGCCACCUGAGCGCCAUCCUGGCCAUCAAGGGGAACCUAUCCAACAGUGAGGCCAAGAGCAUCCGGAGCAUCUUGGAUGUCAGCACAGGGGCGCAGGAGCCCUCCAGGUCCCUAUUUUCCCUUAUAAAGGUCGGUUAGCUUUUUCUGUGGCCUGACCUGCUUGUGAGUGCCCAGCACACCCCACUGGGAGCUGUUAAGAGCAGCACUGGCUCUCGGCUCCUCCCAGGUCUCCUGUGCUCUGAUGCUGCUUCUGCCUAGCCCUGGCGGAGGUGCAGACCCUGUCAGCUGGAACUGGACAGACUUUGGUUUGUUUACAUGUCCGAUGGGGGCAGGAGCUCCCGUUACGGGCAGCCAACCAGGUAACACCAAGGACUCUUUGUAAACAAUAGCUGAUCGUGUACACGCAAGCAAAGAACCAGGAGGGAGAGUGUGCCAGGCUCAGGGCUCCCCGGCCACCUCUGUCCAGGGCCCCUCCACCAUCAGCCUCAUGACUGUCCUCCUGGCGGGUGGGGACGAGGGCCCUCUCCGGCUCCCUGGAGACAGGGGCCGAGCCUCACCCGUCUGCCCUCUGCAGCCCAGGGCCGCCGUGAGCUGCGUUCAGCAAGGCUGGAAUGGAAGACAGAACUGGACGAGAACAAAGGAAAAGAUGAACUCUUAUCUGGCAGGGGCCUGUGGGGUCCUGUGUUGUGGCCACUGCCAGCAUUAGACGUCAUGUCCAGAUGGCCCCACGGCCCCUACUGGCUGACCCUGCAAUGGGGCCCUGAGCCCUCCCUCUUCAUCCCCCAAGGCCUCAACCAGAGGGUGGUCCCCCAAGACCUUGGUGUCCACUACAGAAGGGCCCAGGACCUCCUAGGUCAUCUCAGGCUCCCGCUUCCCAGAGGCAAGGACAGGCCCUGGGGGUGUCUCUGUCGGCCCUGCUACCCAGAAGUCUGGCUGAGGUCUGGGCAGGGGCAGGGCAAGCUUGACCUCUCACCUCUGACCCUUUGGCCUCUGUAUUUAUUUCCUAUUGCCGUGACAGGUUUCCACAAACUUUGUGGAUCAAAACUUGGUCUUCCAGUUCUGCGGGUCAGAAGGCUGACCCGGGUCUAAAAUCUGGGUGUCGGCAGGCCUGCGCUCCUGGAGGCUCUAGGGGAGAAUUGAUUUCUGGCCUUUUCAUUUUUCGAGGCUAUCCAUACUUCUUGACUUCAGGCUCCUUCAUCUUCAGAGCCAGCUGUAGGUAGUUGAAUCUUUUUCCCAUCACCUCAUUGAGGCCUCCCCUCUCCUGCCUCCCUCUACCACUUUUUUUUUUUUUUUUUUGAGACAGGGUCUUGCUGUG